CCUCUUUCUCUGUUCCCAGCUCUCGUUAUUGACGCCUAGUUGUGCGGCGGCAUAGUGGACCUCCAUGACCAGUACUACAAACGGGACGUUCACGCUGCCGAACAUCGAAAGGCAUCCUGAAUUAUUUCUUGGCCCCAAUACUGCCUCCAUGGUUAUCGAAUCCAUUGAGACAGGUUUCGUAAUGUCACAAGCUCUUCAUUUCGUUACCCACAUGGAGCACGAGUCGCGAGGAAUCACAUUCAUUGCGACAUUCGUCACUGCUGUCGCUUUUUCCAGACCGGGAUCUCAUUUUCGUCAUGGUGGAGGAUAUAUGUCACACAUUUUGGCGAUUGGGUGUUUGGCGUCAAUCCCCACUGGCCAGAGCGACUAGGAAGCUUGCUGACGGCACUCAUGGCCACACCGGUUCAAGGCUUUCUUACCUGGCGAUGCUGGAAUCUUUUGCGUAGAAGCUGGCUUGCACUGAUCGUUUUAGGCGGCUGCAUUUUGGCCUCAAUAAUAGCAGCAAUACUUUUAACCGUCAACGUGUUUAUGGUCAACUUCACUAUAGCCCUCGAGCCAGAGGAAGAUAUACCAUCUCCGAUUGUUCCCAUAGACCCAAUUUAUGUGCUCUCCUUGGCUAUACCGGCCUUGACUGAUGUCCUUGUCACGAGUAUAUUACUUACCUUCCUCCUACGCUCUCGCUCCGAGGUUUACACAAGACGUUUCCGUCGAGUCAUAACCCGACUAACGGUCAUCGCCUGGGAAGCUGCAGUGCCUCCCUGCGCCUGUGCCAUAGUUGCCGUGGCCACAUACGUCGCACUAUUGAACAGCAACUAUUGGAACCUUACGUUUCAAUCUAUACUGGGGAAACUCUACGUGAUCUCGCUCUACGUAACGCUGAAUGGCCGUGCGGAGCUUGCACUACAACACCGGCGAUCCUAUGUCCCGACCAUCAGUAGCGUUCGUCCAUCCUUCGGCCAACGUCCCCAUGUCGCAGUUACCAUACAUACGACGUCCCAUGCCCCGGAAAGUUUCCUCGACCCUAUGAUGAGUGAUCCAAACGGCAGCAUGACCGAGUCAUCCGCGCCCGGUACUUCGAGACAUCCCCACUCACCCAUUUCGGAUAGCCCCAUGGUCGAAGUUCCCUCUGAAAGAUGGACAUCUCCAUUGGUGCCUCCGCGUCGAAUACUUCGUAUGCACGGUGAUAGAGACAAACUGCGAUCAAGCCCGUGCUGAUCAGAAGAGGAGGAGGAUACGGGUGUUCCAACGAAAGUAGACGAACACUGAUGGACAGAUGGCUACAUGUCGAGCGCGAGUGUUGGAGGAAACGAUUUGGCGUUGUGUGAUAAUGUCUAGUACUAGCCAUUUAUGUGACAAAC